AUGACUAAUAAUGAGUACAAAGAUUAUGAGCCUAUAUAUCAUUUUGCUCUAAUUAAAGAUCUCUCGCGAUUAGUAAAAAGUCAGAUAUCAGCUUCAAAAAGCAAAUUAUUUUUUUGUGAUAGAUGCUUAAAUCAUUUUAAACUAGAAAAAUCGUUUGAAGAUCAUGUCAAAGACUGUAUCGCAUUGAAUAAAGUUCACAUGACUUUUCCGACUGAAGAAAAUAAAAUUUUAAAGUUUAAAAAUUAUCAGUGUAAAGAUACUGUACCGUUUGUUGUCUAUGCAGACCUAGAAUGUACACUGGAGCCCCAAGAAAAUGAUAAUUUUGACAAACAUAUACCACAUAGUAUAGCAUUUUCUCGUUUUUGCAGUUAUAAUAACAAUUUAUCUAAAUUUGAACUCAAUCGAUCACAAACCUGCAUCGAGUGGUUUGUAAAAAAAUUAGAAUGUUUAGCAUUAGAAGUCGAAUCGUACUUGAAAAAUCCUGUUGCUAUGAACCCUCUACCGAGACAUCAAAAAGAGAGUCAUGAGCAAGCAACUAUUUGUCAUAUUUGUGAAAGAUCUAUAACUGCUGCUACAGAUAAAUGCUACGAUCACUGCCAUUUUACUGGUAAUUAUCGUGGCCCAGCUCACUUAUCUUGUAAUAUAAAUUAUAGAAAAUCUCAUACUAUACCAAUAGUAUUUCAUAAUUUAUCUGGUUAUGAUUCCCAUUUUAUAAUAAAAUCUUUAUCAACUAUUUUCGAGGGUAAAAUUACAUUAUUACCAAUUAACAAAGAACGUUAUAUAUCUUGUACGAAAUAUGUUGAAAAUACAUCAGUUUGCUUACGUUUUAUAGAUUCAUUCAGGUUUAUGGCUUCUAGUCUUGACAAAUUAGCAUCUAAUUUAAAUGAUUGUGAUAAACAGAUUACUCAACAACAUUACAGUGAUCCAGAAAAAUUUAAAUUAGUUACUCGAAAGGGUGUAUUCCCAUACGAGUACGUAACUGGUAUUGACAAACUUAAUGACAAACAGUUGCCCGAUCAGGACUCAUUUUAUUCUAAAUUAUCGAAUGAUGGUGUAUCUGAUAAUUAUUAUGCCCUUGCUCAACUAGUUUGGAAUAAAUUUGAUGUCAAAACAUUAGGGGAAUAUUCAGAUUUAUAUUUAAAGACCGAUGUCCUUCUUUUAUCAGACAUAUUUCCAAAUUUUAGACAGAGUUGUAUGGCUACCUAUAGCCUAGAUCCUUUACAUUACUAG